CAUUCUAAGGGAAAGUAUUAUUUAUUUAUUUAUUUAUUUAUGCCAAAAAUUUUUGAUGAGUUUUAAAAAAAAUAAACACAUAUAAACAUACACAUAUACGUCUUCGUCAUCUUUAAUUGUUAUUACUCUCUUUUAUACAUUUAUAUAAACACAUUUUAAAAAAAAAACUAAAACUAGAAAGAAGAUGUUUAACGGUUUUAACGACGAUGAUCCUUUUGGACCCACUUUCUUUGGUGGAUUCCGUCAUAAUCUUGGAGGCUUUGUUAAUCCUAAUAGAGGGUUCUCUGAAAGCUAUCGAUGCUUUCCUAUUGCAAUGAUGCAAAAUGGAAAUGAAAGAGAAAAUGUCAAUUAUGGUGGCAAAAUCAUUCUGCCUCAAUCAGCUUUAGAAAAACUUUCACAACUUAAUAUUUCAUAUCCAAUGUUGUUUAGAUUAAUCAAUGGAGCUGAAAAUAAACAUACACAUACAGGUGUACUUGAAUUUAUUGCAGAAGAAGGAAGGGUGUAUUUACCACAAUGGAUGAUGGAAACAUUAGGUGUGGAGCCAGGAAAUAUUAUUGAAGUUAAAAAUGUGACAUUGCCACUUGGAUCUUUUGUAAAGAUUCAACCUCAAUCUACAGACUUUUUAGAUAUUAGUGAUCAUCGAGCAGUAUUGGAAAAGGCAUUACGUAAUUUUUCAACAUUAACGAUGGGAGAUAUCAUUCAAAUCAAUUAUAAUAAUAAGAUAUAUGAAAUUAAAGUAUUAGAAGUAAAACCAUUUUACGAGGAACAUUCAGGUAUUUCGAUUGUUGAAACAGAUUUAGAAGUUGAUUUUGCACCACCUGUGGGUUAUGUAGAGCCAAAUGAACAAAAAGUCAAACCCAUGAAGAGUCAUAUGGUCAUUGAUUUACCUAAACCUAUUAAAAAGUCUGAAUUUUCUGCAUUUGGUGGAGGUGGACAAAGUCUUCGUGGAAAGACAAAAAGUGCUGCCGCUGCUAUUACAACACACAAUCAUGAAGAAGAAGAAAGAGAUGAAGAUGGAGCCUUUAACCUGCCUUUUGGCCAACUUUACUUUGGCUUCCCAGUUGUACCACCUCCAUCAACAACAACAGCAGCAACAGCAACAACAGCAGUAUUUAAAGGUGCAGGUCAGACAUUAAGAUCCAAAAAGAAAUAAAAGUC